AUGGUCUCGAAGCUGUCUCAUCUCCAAGUGGAGCUGCUGCAAGCGCUGCUGGAGUCGGGGCUGACCAAGGAGACCUUGAUCAAGGCACUGAGCGAAGCGGAACCCUACGGGCUGCAGAGCGAAAGCCAGCGCGCUAUCAAUGCCCUCCAGACUGAGAAAGGGGAGCCCUGUCCCGACAUCCCCAACCUCCCCAACGGAAUGGGGGAGUCCAGGGCAUCGGAAGAUGAAACCUCAGAUGACGGAGAGGAAUUUACCCCUCCAAUAAUGAAGGAGCUGGAAAACUUGAGCCCAGAGGAGGCUGCUCACCAGAAGGCUGUGGUGGAAAGACUAUUACAGGAGGAUCCCUGGCGAGUAGCAAAGAUGGUGAAGUCUUACCUCCAGCAGCACAACAUCCCCCAGCGUGAGGUGGUGGACACCACUGGUCUGAACCAAUCCCACCUCUCCCAACACCUCAACAAGGGCACUCCCAUGAAGACCCAAAAACGGGCAGCCCUGUACACCUGGUAUGUCCGGAAGCAGCGAGAGGUGGCCCAGCGUAAGUAUGGCAACCACUGCUCUCCUGUCCCAGCUCCAUAAAGGCUUCUGUUCUCCCUUGCUCAUCCUUUGCUUUCAAGGAAAAAACUCCCUUGCCCCCUUGUGCUUGCAGAAUUCACACACGCUGGCCAGGGGAUACUGACAGACGAGCCCAUGGGAGAUGAUCUGCCCACCAAGAAGGGAAGAAGAAACCGCUUUAAGUGGGGUCCUGCCUCACAACAGAUCCUGUUCCAGGCCUAUGAGAGGCAGAAAAACCCCAGCAAAGAAGAGAGGGAGGCACUGGUGGAAGAGUGCAACAGGGCAGAGUGUAUUCAGAGAGGUGUUUCCCCAUCUCAGGCCCAGGGACUGGGCUCAAACCUGGUGACAGAGGUCAGAGUUUACAACUGGUUUGCCAAUCGCAGGAAGGAGGAGGCUUUCCGGCACAAGCUGGCCAUGGACACCUUCAGUGGACCACAGCCCAGCUCUGCCCCUCCUCUAACCCCCCACAGCUCUUCCUCCCUCCAGCCACCACCUGCUCUCUCACCCAGCAAAGUCCACGGAGUGAGGUACAACCAGCAGCCAGCCAGUGAGGCAGAGUCCUCCAGCAGCAACCACCACGGGAACAGCUCCAUGGUGACCACCCAAACCAUCCUGCAUCAAGUUUCUCCCCCUGGACUGGAGCCCAGCCAGAACCUGCUGAGCACAGACACUAAGCUGGUCUCAGCUCCUGGAGGAACUCUCCCUCCUGUCAGCACCCUGACUGCCCUGCACAGCCUAGAGCAAAGCCCACACACGCUGAGCCAGCAGACCCAGAACCUGAUCAUGGCAUCCCUGCCGGGGGUGAUGGCAAUCGGGGCUGGUGAGACCCCGUCCCUGGCGCCCGCCUUCACCAACACCGGAGCCUCCACCCUGGUGAUCGGCCUGGCCUCAACCCAGCCCCAGAGUGUUCCUGUAAUAAACAGCAUGGGGAGCAGCCUCACUACCCUGCAGCCCGUCCAGUUCUCCCAGCAACUGCAUCCAUCCUACCAGCAGCCCCUCAUGCAGCAAGUCCAGAGCCACAUCAACCAGAGCCCCUUCAUGGCGACCAUGGCGCAGAUACAGAACCCUCACACUCUCUAUGGCCCCAAAUCUGAAGUGACUCAAUACACACACACAGGCCUCUUACCACAAACCAUGGUGAUAACAGACACAGCCAAUCUCAGCGCCCUGACCAACCUGACACCAACUAAACAGGCAUUCACACCUGACUCUGAGACUCACACCGAAUCUGGGAUGCACACACCAGUGUCACAGGCACCAACAAUCCACCUACAGAGCCAAGACACAACCAUCCAGCACCUUCAGCCAGGCCCACGCCUCACCUCAAGCCCUGCUGUGUCCUCCAGCAGCCUGGUGCUGUACCAAAGCUCUGACUCCACCAACAGCCACAGCCAGCUGCUGCCAUCCACUCACAACGUCAUUGAGACCUUCAUCUCCACACAGAUGGCAUCUUCCACCCAGUAACCACCACAAGUAGCUCCUGAGUGACUGCCACAGCCAACCUGCCAGGUGCAACUCCAGCCCUGUUUGCCACCACAGCCUCACAAACCCCUACUCAGCUGCCUCCAGGAGAGAAAACGUCUCAAGAUCAGGACAGAAAAUAAGGAAAGAUGAUGCUGGCACUGCUAAAGUCCACUGUCCCCCACCAAAAACAGCAAACCUAAACCCCAGGAGCCAGUUCAGAAUGGCCAGACAUCCUUUGGUGGCUGCCCAAGACAGAAUCCCAACAGUGCCAGGAUGUGGAUGGGACUUUGAUUCAGCUCAGCUUUCGUCAAGCUGGGCCUGUACAAACCUGCCAACACCAGACUAAAUCAUGUGGAAAGAGCAAAGCUGAGCUGCCAAAGAAGGGACACCAGCUUUAAACACUCUCCUCCUUUGCUGCAAGGAAGUACCAACAGGAACUAUGAGAAAUAACACCUUGGAAGUUCCUGACUUUACAAUGAGAAUAACAAAGAAAUGGAUUUGGGAAUGGAUUGGCACAAACCUGUCAGUAUGGGAUCACUGACAAGCUACAAAUCCUUAAUUAACUACCAAAACACCAAACAUUCUCAGUUAAAAGCGACCUGCUCUAAAAUCAUGCUAUCCUAGUGGAAAUGGCUUGGUUGUUUUUGAUAUAGCUCUGCUUUGUUUUAAAUGCAGAAAUUAAAGUUUAACAGCUGCAAGGAGAUUCCAGUUCUCUGCAUUAACCCCGGGAUUUUCAUCUUGACUUGCUGAAUGAUUUGCAGGAUGGCAUUCCCCACUGGUCCCUCACACUGCCCAGCACAUGGGAGGUUCCCAUGCUCCACAGAGAGCAGAGGUUCCUUCAGUUUUCUCUAUAAACACUCACCCUAGAUUCAUUUUACAGAACACAGCUUAUUCUCAGCUACCAUGUAGGCUUGAUUCGUAGUUAUUGGUAUGCAAAUAACUACCCUGGGGUCUGAGAGCCUUGCUUGCACUAAGUGAAGGGUUUUAGUCCCAAGGAUCUACUUAGGUAAUUCCUCUUUAAUUAUUCCUCUCUAUUUACUCUCAACAUCCACAUCACUGAUGUGUUAUUAGCCAGAUGUGAAAACAGCCCCAACUAACAGGUUUUUGUCUGUGACUGAAACUGAACUACUCUUUUGACUGUGAAAUGGAUGAAAAACCUUGAGACUGGAAGGGAGAAUUGAAAAAGCCCAACAGUGAACUCUUCAGUUAUUGUAUCUAGGAAUGUCAAAAUUGCAGGUUUCAUUGAUAAGAGUUUCCUCUAGAUACCAUCAACAAUUUCAGUAACUAGAUUCUCUGAGGAAUUUUAUCCUAGAAUUGUUUCCUAAUUUCCCAUGUAUAUCAGUUGCAAAUAUAUCUAAUUUCCAGCUAGCAUAAAAAUAAACACAAAACAAAGCAAAAGGAAAUGUUUAGGCCACCAUGCAUUUGAAAGUCCAGGUUUAAAAAUCAGUACACUGAAAUUUUAAGUGUGCAUAAGACAAGUAACUUCUGCUGGCACAUUCUGUUAGAUUACAAGCCAGGUUUCUACUUAGCUUUUCUAUUUUUGGAUGCCAGCUGUGUUUUCUUGACUAAAAACCAGCAAAAAUCUCACAGCGAUUUCCCAUGCUCAAAGAGCUAUACUUCACUCUUCUGGUUUCUCUCAUCUGGCUUUCUGAUGUUCUGAACUACGCCAAUAAGUGGGAUUUACUGAAACCCAGGAAUCUUAAAAACAGAAGUAGAGUGUCUAUCAACAACAGUUAAUUUCCUGAAAGACUGGAGGUGAAGAAUAAACAAAGAGUCACAUUGGAAACUACCAAACCUCACAGCAUUUCACAGAGACAAAAGUCAUUAACCAGCCCAAACAAGGACUAAAAGGUGGUUUUUAAAUUAGGCUUAAAUCCUUCCUGUAGCAAUUUCAUAGCAA